AUGCUCAGGGUGGUGCUGGGGAAGCUGAGAGCUCACCCCAGCUUCUGCGGGCUCAGGGCCGAUGGUGUGCCUGGUGCCGUCCCCUUCCUCAGCAGCACGGCCCUGUACAGGCCCGAGUGUCAGGCUUUGUUGCUUGCCUGUUUUGUAGGGUUCACAGUCCACCCCGGUGACAGGUGGGUGCUGGAGACCGGCCGCCUGUAUGAAAUCACCAUCGAAGUGCUUGACAAGUCCGGCAACAAGGUCUACCUGUCAGACAAUAUUCGCAUCGAAACCGUGCUGCCUUCUGAGUUCUUUGAGGUGCUCGCUUCUUCCCAGAAUGGGUCGUACCAUCACGUCAGGGCAACAAAGCGGGGCCAGACGGCCAUCGAGGCAGCCCUCACCUCUGUGGUAGACCAGGAUGGAGGGGUCCACACAUUACGGGUGCCCGUGUGGAACCAGCAGGAGGUAGAAAUUCACAUCCCAAUCACCCUCUAUCCGAGCAUCUUGACGUUUCCGUGGCAACCAAAGACGGGCGCCUAUCAGUACACAAUAAAGGCGCAUGGUGGGAGUGGGAACUUCAGCUGGUCUUCGUCAAGCUACGUGGUUGCCACGGUCACCGUCAAGGGUGUGAUGACCACAGGCAGUGAUACUGGUCUCAGUGUGAUCCAUGCACAUGACGUGCAGAACCCGCUACAUUUCGGGGAGAUGAAGGUGUAUGUGAUCGAGCCCAGCAGCAUGGAGUUCGCCCCGUGCCAGGUGGAGGCACGUGUGGGCCAGACCUUGGAGCUGCCCCUGAGGAUCAAUGGCCUCAUUCCUGGUGGGGCCAACGAGGUGGUCACCCUGAGCGACUGCUCCCAUUUUGACUUGGUGAUCGAGGUAGAGAACCAAGGCGUGUUCCAGCCGCUCCCAGGGAGGCUGCAGCCAGGAUCUGAGCACUGCAGUGGGGUCAAGGUGAGAGCAGAGGUCCAGGGCUACACCACACUCCUCGUGAGCUACAGACAUGGCCGCAUCCACCUGAGUGCCCGGAUCACCAUCGCUGCCUACCUGCCCCUCAAGCCGGUGGAUCCCUCCUCUGUUGCCUUGGUGACCCUUGGGUCCUCAAAGGAGAUGCUGUUUGAAGGAGGUCCCAAACCCUGGGUCCUCGAGCCUUCCAAGUUCUUCCGGAACAUCACCUCCGAGGACACAGACAGCAUCAGCCUGGCUCUCUUUGGGCCCUCUACCUCCCGGAAUUACCAGCAACAUUGGAUCCUCGUGACCUGCCAGGCCUUGGGCGAGCAGGUCAUCGCCCUCUCGGUGGGGAACAAGCCCAGCGUCACCAACCCCUUCCCCGCGCUGGAGCCUGCCGUGGUGAAGUUCGUCUGCGCCCCACCCUCCAGGCUCACCCUGACCCCCGUCUAUGCCAGCCCCCAGCUCGACCUGUCGUGUCCGCUGCUGCAGCAGAACAAGCAGGUGGUUCCAGUCUCCAGCCACCGCAACCCCCUGCUGGACCUGGCCGCCUACGACCAGCAGGGCCGCAGAUUCGACAAUUUCAGCUCUCUGAGCAUCCAGUGGGAGUCGACCAGGCCCUCGCUGGCCAGCAUCAAGCUUGAGCUGCCCAUGCAGCUGGUGGCCCAGGGCGAUGGGAGCGGCCAGCGGAAGCUGCACGGUUUGCAGGCCAUCUCGGUUCACGAGGCAUCAGGGACCACAGCCAUUUCCGCCACCGCCACAGGCUACCAGCAGUCCUACCUCAGCACGGCCAGGGUGGAGCAGUCGUACGACCCUCUCAUGCCCGUGUCGGCCUCCAUAGAACUCAUCCUGGUGGAAGACGUGAGGGUGAGCCCGGAGGAGGUGACCAUCUACAACCACCCCAGUGUUCAGACCGAGUUGCACAUCAGAGAAGGCUCUGGCUACUUCUUCCUCAACACCAGCACUGCAGACAUCAUCAAGGUGGUCUACCAGGAGGCCAGGGGCGUGGCCAUGAUGCCUGUUUAUAUCACCGGGAUCACCAACAACCAGAACCCUUUCUCCUUUGGCAAUGCUGUGCCAGGCCUGACCUUCCACUGGUCUGUCACCAAGCGGGACAUCCUGGACAUCCGGGGGCGACACCAUGAGGCUUCACUACGGCUUCCGUCACAGUACAACUUUGCCAUGAACGUGCACGGCCGAGUGAAAGGCCGGACCGGGCUGAGGGUGGUGGUCAAGGCUCUGGACCCCACUGCCGGGCAGCUGCAUGGCCUCACCAAAGAACUCACCGAUGAGAUCCAAAUCCAGGUAUUCGAGAAGCUGCUGCUGCUGAACCCUGAAAUAGAAGCAGAACAAAUAUUAAUGUCACCCAACUCAUUUAUAAAGCUUCAGACAAACAGGGAUGGCGCAGCAUUUCUGAGCUACCGCGUCCUGGAUGGGCCAGAGAAGGUUCCCGUGGUCCAUGUGGACGAGAAAGGCUUCGUGACAUCAGGGUCCAUGAUCGGGACAUCCACAAUUGAAGUGACUGCCCAAGAGCCUUUCGGGGCCAACCAAACCAUUAUCUUUGCUGUAAAGGUGUCUCCAGUUUCUUACCUGAGGAUCUCCAUGAGCCCCGCCCUGCACACCCAGAACAAGGAGGCUCUGGCAUCCCUGCCUUUGGGAACGACUGUGACCUUCACGGUCCACUUCCAUGACAACUCCGGAGACAUCUUCCAUGCUCACAACUCGGUCCUCAGCUUUGCAACCAACAGAGAUGAGUUUGUGCAAAUUGGGAAGGGCACCACCAACAACACAUGUGUCGUGCGCACCGUCAGCGUCGGCCUGACGCUGCUCAGCGUGUGGGACUCGGAGCACGUGGGCCUCUCCGACUUCGUCCCGCUGCCCGUCCAACAGGCCAUCUCCCCGGAGCUGUCCGGAGCGGUGGUGGUGGGGGACGUCCUCUGUCUGGCCACAGUCCUGGUCGGCCUGGAAGGCCUCUCUGGAACCUGGAGCUCCUCGGCCAGCAGCAUCCUCCACAUCGAGCCCAGGACAGGCGUGGCUGUGGCCCGAGAGGCGGGAUCUGUGACGGUUUACUACGAGGUUGCUGGGUACCUGAGGACCUACAAGGAGAUAGUGAUUGGUGUCCCUCAAAGGAUCGUAGCCCGUUCCGUCCGCCCAGGCCAGACCAGCUUCCAGGAGACCUCCAAGGUGACUGUCACCGUGGGAGACAGAAGCUCUAACCUGAGAGGUGAGUGCUCCCCUGCCCAGAGGGAAAUCAUGGAGACUCUGCAUCCAGAAUCCCUCAUUAGCUGCCAGCUCCAAUUCAAGCAAGAUGUCUUCGAUUUCCCAGCACGCGACGUUUUCACGGCAGAGCCAGGAUUUGACGCAACUCUGGGCCGGUACCUCUGCUCCGUCACAAUGCACAGGCUGACAGACAAACAGCUGAAGCAUCUCAGCAUGAAGAAGACGGCGCUGCUGGUCACCGCCUCCAUCCCGGGCAUCCACAUCCCAGGAGAGCACGUGGGCACCGAGGUGCCCUUCAGCCCAGGGCUGUACACUGACCAGGCUGAAAUCCUUUUGAGCAACCACUACACCAGCUCGGAGGUCAAGGUCUUUGGUGCCAUGGAGAUUCUCGAAAACCUGGAGGUGAAAUCAGGGUCCCCAGCUGUGCUGGCCUUUGAGAAGGAGAAGUCUUUGGGGCUCCCCAGCUUCAUCACCUACACAGUUGGCGUCUCGGAUCCCGCGGCCGGCAGCCAGGGGCCUCUGUCCACCGCCCUGACCUUCUCCAGCCCCAUGACUAACCAAGCCAUCACCAUUCCGGUCACCGUGGCCUUUGUGAUGGAUCGCCGAGGGCCUGGUCCUCACGGAGCCACCCUCUUCCAGCACUUCCUGGACUCCUACCAAGUCAUGUUCUUCACACUUUUUGCCCUGCUGGCUGGGACCGCUGUCAUGAUCAUAGCCUACCACACAGUCUGCGCGCCCCGGGAGCUCACCGCACCUCCGGCCCUCUCCCCACGAGCCAGCCCUCGCCACAGCCCCCACUAUUUCGCUGCCUCGUCGCCGACGCCUUUCACCGCACUGCCUCCCAGCCGUAGAGCUAGCCCGCACUCGGGGCUCUGGAGCCCCGCAUACACCUCCCACUAGCCAGUGGGCCAGCCCUGCGCCCCCGCGGUGGGGACAGCGCCAGGCCCGCCUCGCUGCCUGCUCUGUUCUGGAGCUCAGGCUGUGCCCGCUAGCUGCUGCUUACACGCAGGAGUUCCAGUUGGCUUUGGUUUGGUUUCGUUCUUAGCCUUUGCGAAGAUGCUGGCUCAUUCCUUUGUGCCUGGUUGUCUGGGGUUUCUGGACAACAUGUAGUCAUGCUUUUCUUUCCCUCCAGUCUCUAGAACCACUCUCUUCUCAAGACUUUGAGCAGGCAGAAGCUCCAUUUCCUAGGAGGGGAUGUGACUGCAGUGGCCUCAGGGAAAGGACUUUUUAAUCACUUCAUUUUUGUGGGGUGUUCCCCUCACGUGAAAACUUUACCCCUAGUCUGGCUCCUGCUAGGAGAUGAGGGGAGGGAACAGACAUGAGUGUCAGGUGCGGGCCCCGUGACUGCACAGAAGCCUCAGGAACGCAGUGGUGGGGACCCCGUGCUGGCUCAGCCUCCCCGGGGGGAACGCUCACUCACCACGGGAGCCGGGAGCCGGGCCGCCUUCUGCCCCUCUGUGGGCCACUGUGACUAAGCGUGGGAACGUCUCCUGGACGUGGCCACAGCACCAUUGGGAUGUCCUGUGGGGUCUGGUUCCUUCUCCCUCUCCUGGCCUCUCUAUGGAAUCGUAGUUAGGAAAAUGUCCUUGAGCCGGAGACCGGGAUCUGUUCUUCUGUGUGUUCUCCUGGAGAAGCCGCUAUGUUCCGCCCAAGCGCAAAGACCAGUGUUCAUCUGUUCCUCCUUUUGCAUCUCAGCAGACCUGAGCCUCUGGCCCGCCCGGCGCGGGCACCAGUCUCCCCAUUGGCAUCCCUCCCCAGCAGGCCACGGAGCCCGACCUGGCCAGUGAGGGGGGUGGGCCUGCCCUCCAGGAAGGGGCUGGGAAGGAGAAGACAACGAGGAAAAGGCCCUCCUCCUUCCCAGACCCUUGUUCAUUCAGCAUCGGUGGCCCCCAGAACGCGGCCCCUCUGCCCUAGGCCGAGAGCCGUGCCACUCUCAGGAUGAACUGGGACGCCCCGCAGGGCCAGGUAUGCAUGGCCACUGUGUGUGGGGAGUCGUCCGCUUGACUCUGAGCCACAAGUGUGAAUCCACUUCAGGCCUCUAGGGCUGGACCAUGUGAUUUAUUUUUUGUAAAGCUGGAGACCGGAAGAAUUGUGCCUUGCAUAUUACUUGAGCUCAGACUGACAACUUGGAUGUAAAUAGGCGCGUUUCUACUUGGUUUAUUUAAUAAAGCUCUAAUUUCGUAA